AUGCCUUUCCUCUCCAACUCACCCCCUCUGAGCCCUGGGGGCAGCUCGCCAUUGAGCAGCUCGGAAGCCAGCUUAGCUCCGCAUCAGACACAAGCACAGCCCAAUGAACCCAUCGCCAUUGUUGGAAUUUCACUCCGGGGGCCUGGUGAUGGCUCCGACACGGAGCGCUUCUGGCAGAUGCUGCUGGAUGGCCGGUCAGCACGCCGAGACAUCCCCAAGGACAGGUACAACGUCGACGGCUUCUACCACCCAGACGGAGACCGUCUGGGGAGCAUACAGCAGCGUCAGGCUCACUUUCUAGAGCAAGACUUCAAAGUCUUUGACGCACCUUUCUUUUCAGUCACGCCAAAAGAGGCCAAAGCCAUGGAUCCCACACACCGCAUGUUGUUGGAGGCUACGUAUGAAGGUUUUGAGAAUGCUGGUAUGAGACUGGAAGACGUCGCAGGCACCAAAACCUCAGUCUAUGUCGGAACAUUCACGGCAGACUUCCCCUCACUUCAGGCCCGCGACAACGCAGGCCCAUCCAUCUACCACGCCACAGGAACCUCCGCCUCACUGGCGUCGAACCGCCUCUCAUGGUUCUACGACCUCAAAGGCCCCAGCCUCACGGUCGACACGGCCUGCUCCUCAUCCCUCACCGCCUUCCACCUGGGCUGCCAAUCCCUACGCACCGGCGAGGCCACCAUGUCGGUCAUCGCCGGGGCAAACCUCAUGUUCGGCCCGGACAUGUCGAUCCUCCUGGGCGCGGCCAAGAUCCUGUCGCCCGAGGGCCGGAGCAAGAUGUGGGACGCGUCGGCGGACGGCUUCGCGCGCGGCGAGGGCAUCGGCGUCCUGGUGCUGAAGCCACUGUCGGCGGCGCUGCGGGACGGCGACACGGUCCGCGCCGUGGUGCUCGCCUCCGCCACCAACGAGGACGGCUACACCCCGGGCAUCUCGCUGCCCAACAGCGAGGCGCAGCAGGAGCUGAUCCGCGACGCGUACGCCAUGGCGGGCGUCGACCCCGCCGACACGGGGUACGUCGAGGCGCACGGCACGGGCACGCAGGCCGGUGAUCCGCUCGAGGCCAAGGCCAUCAUUCGUACAAUCGGCGCUGAGGGUAGGAGACAGGCGGAUCUGUACGUCGGGUCGGUCAAGACCAACAUUGGUCACCUCGAGGGCGCGGCGGGCGUCGCUGGCGUGAUAAAAGCGGCGUUGGCGGUCGAGAGGGGCUUGAUUCCGAGGAACCUGUGGUUCGAAAAGCUGAAUGACCAGAUCAGGCUGCCGAGGAACGUCAAGAUACCGGUGGAGACGAUGGUGUGGCCUUGUUCUGGGCCCAGGAGGGCUAGUGUGAACUCGUUUGGGUUUGGUGGAGCGAAUGCGCAUGUGAUCCUCGAGGAUGCAGCUUCGUACUUUAGUCGUACUGGCCAGAGCGGGCGACACUUUACUGCUCCCAAUGCCAUUUUGGGCGAGGAGAGUAGUGACAGCGAUGCAAGCAGUGGCAGCGAUAGCGAGACAAACGCCAACAAUGGCAACCUGAAAGCCAAAUCAAAUGGCCAUGCUAAUGGCAAACAUUGCCAGCAAACGUUAGAGAAGUCCACGCCCAAGAUCCUCGUGGUUUCAUCCAACGAUCAAGACGGUGUCAAGCGCAACGUCGAGUCCAUCAAGUCUUACCUCUCUGGCAAACCCCACACCGACCUCGGGGAUCUCGCAUACACCCUCAACUCCAAGCGCACCACAUUCCCUUGGAAAUCUUUCGCCAUCGCUCGUGACCUUGACAGCGUCUCAGACAGCUGGGAUAUCAUGCCUCCUGCCGUGCGUUCCUCUAACGCCUCGGUGCCCAGGGUAGCCUUUGCCUUCACCGGCCAGGGCGCCCAGUGGCACGCCAUGGGUAGGGGUCUGUCUGUGUACAGGACGUGGCGUGACAGCAUGAGCGUCUCCCAGAAGGUCCUCACCUCCCUCGGCUGCCCCUGGAGCUUGGGCGAGGAGAUGUCGCGCGGCGAGGAUGACACGAAGCUCCGGCUGACCGAGUACAGCCAGCCCAUCUGCACGGCGCUGCAGAUCGCACUGGUCGACCUGCUCCGGUCCUGGGCCGUCGAGCCCGUCGCGGUGGUGGGCCACUCUAGCGGUGAAAUUGCCGCAGCCUACACGGCGGGCUUCUUGUCGCACGAGUCCGCCAUUAAGAUCGCAUGGCUGCGCGGGCAGGUCUCGGCCACCGUGUCGCGCAGCGGUGGCAUGCUGGCAGUCAACGCACCAGCCGAGCAGAUGCAGGCGCGGUUGGGCAAGCUCACGCAGGGCAGAGCCGUCGUGGCGUGCAUGAACAGCCCCAGGGCCUGCACCAUCUCGGGCGACAAGGCCGCCAUCAACGAGUUGCAUGACCUUCUCAAGGCCGACGAGGUCAUCUGCACGAAGCUGCCCAUGGACGUCGCGUACCACUCCUUCCACAUGGAGGCCGCGAGGGAGAAGUACGAGCAUACACUGGCCGGCAUCCCACACCUGCAGGCCAAGAACGGCCCGCCAAUGUUCUCGUCCGUGACGGGCGAGCUGGUCGGCGCCGGCGACAUGAAGCCUUCAUACUGGGUCGACAACCUCGUGUCCCCCGUCAACUUCACCGCCGCCGCACGCUCGCUCCUCCACCACAGCUCGAGCAAAACCCGGAUGGAUCGCAACGCCUUCGCUAGCGUUUUCGUCGAGGUCGGCCCGCACUCUGCGCUGCGGAGCUACCUGCUGGACGUGUUCAAGGCCGAGGACCGCCUGAGCGACCUCUCGUACGUCGGCGUGCUGCGGAGGAAGUUCGACGCCGUCGACACGGCGCUGCAGGCGGCGGGCGAGCUGUGGACCAAGGGCUGCGUCAUCGACGUGGACCGCGUCAACGGCACAGCCCCCUCGGACGCCAAGAUGCUGGUCGACCUGCCGCCGUACCGCUGGAACCACACCAAGUCCUUCUGGGAGGAGUCGCACCUGAGCCGGCAGUACCGGCUGCGGGAGUCGCCGCGCACCGACCUGCUCGGCUACCGCGUGCCGGGAGUGCCGGACCCGACCUUUCGCAACUUCCUGCGGUGCACCGAGAACCCCUGGAUCAGGGAGCACCGCGUCCAGGGCGACGUGCUGUACCCGGGCGUGGGCAUGGUGGUCAUGGCCGUCGAGGCGGCCAAGGCGGUCGCCGACGCCAACGAGGAGAUUAUGGGUUACGAGCUCCGCGACGUCAACAUCAGCACGGCGCUGCGCGUCCCGGACAACGAGGCCGGCGUCGAGGUCAUGACGCAGUUGCACGCCCGUCGGACAGGCACAAAGGCCGAGCCUUCCAAUGCGCUGUACGAGUUUGCCGUGUCUUCGUGGUCCGAGGAGACGGAGCAGUGGACGGUUCACGCCAGGGGUCUGGUUUCGCUGACUUACAAGUCGUCCGUGACCCCUGCUAUGCAGGUCGAGCUAGAGCGGGAGUACAGUGCAAGGGGGAAGGAGUUUGAGGUCGCCAAGGCGACUUGCCAGAGGCCGGCCAGGAGCUUCUUGUACGACCGAGUUGAGGCCAUUGGCAUGGUCUAUGGGCCGACCUUCCGGAAUAUGACCGAGUUGUAUGCCGGGCCCGAUUCCAACAGUUAUGGAGUUAUUGGAAUCCCCGACACUAAGAAGGUGAUGCCCAAGGGCUUUGAGUAUCCCUUUGUCGUUCAUCCGGCGACGUUCGACUCGGUGCUUCACUUGCUUUUCCCCUGCAUUGCCGGAGAGGAGGAGUCGCUUUCCGAGGCAGUGGUGCCCUUUUCCUUUGAUCGAAUCUUCAUCUCGGCCAAGAUCCCCACAGAGGCUGGCACGAAGCUCCAGGGCCACUGCUCAGCGCGCAAGCUGAGUUACACUACAUGGAAGUCUGCAAUCACCGUGUGUGGUGAAGAGCUCGACGAGCCCCUCAUCAUCAUGGAAGGCCUGGGCCUCGCCUCCAUCGGUGGCAACGGUUCUGACGAGAACGCCAAGGAGUCCCGCGCUGGCUGCUUCGGGCAGAACUGGCACGAGGAUGUCGACCUGUUGUCCCCCGCACAGAUCAAAGAGCUGGUCUACCAGCGAACUCUCAAGAGCAAGGAUGACGACACCGUCCUGGACAAGCUCGAGUUUGUCUGUCUCGUGUACAUCGCCCGCUGUCUGGAGUGGUUCGAGACGGAGGAAGGUCGACGCCACAUCCCGACCACUGGUUUCUGGAAGCUCUACGUCGAAUGGAUGCACGACACAGUCGCAGCGUUUCCAUCCCUGCCAAAGGAUCCCGCCGAGAUCGAAGCCGAGCUGCAGCGCUGCAAGGAAGCCAUCGUGCACUCUCCCAGCGGCGACAUCACAGUCCAAAUGGUGGAGCGGAUCGGCAUCAGCCUCCCCGCCAUCUUCCGCCGCGAGGUGGAGCCGCUGCAGGUCAUGACAGAGGGCGACCUGCUGUACACGUUUUACCGCGGCGCGUUCGGCACGUCCUUCAACACCAACGUGGCUGAGUACGUGGGCCUGAUCGCCGACAAGUCUCCCGGCCUGCACAUUUUGGAAAUCGGCGCCGGCACCGGAGGUACCACCUACCACGUGCUCGAGCGGCUGCGCAACGCUGACGGCACCUCAAAGGCGGCCCGGUACUUCUUCUCCGACAUCUCGCCGGGCUUCCUCGCCAAGGCGGCCGAUCGGUUCCAGACGGAUGCGUCGGUCAUGGAGUUCGGCACCUGCAACAUCGAAAACGACCCGCUGGGUCAGGGGUUCGCUCCGGAGAGCUUUGAUCUGAUAGUGUGCGCCAACGUGCUGCACGCAACAAAGAGCAUCCAGGAGACGCUGGCGCACUGCAGGGCGCUGCUGAAGCCUGGCGGUCGGUUGGUGCUGUCCGAGGUCACCAUCAAGCGCAUCUUCAGCGGCUUCAUCAUGGGCCCGCUGCCUGGUUGGUGGCUGGGUGAGGAUGAUGGCAGGCACGGCGGCCCGCUGUUGGACGUCCCUGAGUGGGAGACGGCGUUGGCCAAGGCUGGGUUCUCUGGCGUGGAUAUGGACGUCCGGGGUGAUCGCGAGGAUUCGCUGGAGCCUGUUUCUCUGAUCAUUUCCACCAAGCCGGUGACGAAGAGGGUUCCUGCUGCCCAAGAGUUUGUUGUCGUGACGCCGGAAUUUGCCGAAUCGCAGAAGCUGGCGCAAGCCAUCGUUGACACCGUCAAAGCUGCGGGUAACAUGUGCACCAUAAUGGCUUGGGAAGACGUCACCAAGGAGGCCGUACAAGGACAGUACUGCAUCUGUUUGGCAGAGUGGGAAUCCCCCAUCCUCGUCGACCUGACAGACGAGAACUGGACCCGUCUGCGGGACGUCAUCCUCGGCUCGGCAGGUACUCUCUGGGUCACCGGGGGUGCGGCCAUGGACACACCAGAGCCGCUAAAAUCGCUCAUGGUCGGCCUUGCGAGGGCCAUCCGCAACGAAAACGCCGGCGUGCUCCUCGCGACGCUUGACCUGGAGACUGCAGGCAAUAUAAACACACCCCAGGCCUGCGAGGCGGUGCUGAAGGUCGCACUGGAGCACAGCCGCGGCGAGACAGCUGACGGAGAGUUCGCCGCUCGCCACGGCCACAUCUUCGUUCCGCGUGUGGAGCGUCUGCCGGCCGUGGAUGCGUCGCUGCGCAAGUACGAGAACAAGGGAGACCCGGAGCCCGUGUCCUUUGUCGGAUGCGGCCGCCCGCUCAAGCUCACCAUCAAAACGCCCGGGCUUCUUGACACAUUCCGCUGGGUCGAGGACGAGACGUACCACACGUCGGUGCCGGACGACUGGGUCGAGAUCCAGGUCAAGGCUGUUGGGCUCAACUUCAAGGAUGUGUUGGUCGCGUUGGGCAAUCUCGCCGAGUACAAACUUGGAGUUGACGUCUCUGGUGUUGUGACGAGGGUCGGCGCGGGGGUGAAAGAUCUCAAGCCUGGCGAUAAGGUCAUGACGGCGUCGUGCGAUACGUUUGCUACCUUUGUCCGCUUCCCCGCCAAGGGCGCAAUCCCCAUCCCCGAGACCAUGACUUUUGAAGAAGCAGCUUCGAUGCCGCUCAUUUUCCUCACGGCAUACUAUGCCCUUGUCACGGCUGGAAACUUGGUCCAAGGGGAGCGGGUCCUGAUUCAUGCCGCCGCCGGAGGCGUCGGACAGGCAGCCAUCCAAAUCGCGCAGAGCAUCGGCGCCGAGAUAUUUGCGACGGUCGGUUCCGAAGAAAAGAAGCAGCUCAUCAUGGACCAGUACGGCAUCCCGGCCGACCACAUCUUCAGCAGCCGCGACACGAGCUUCUACAAAGGGGUGAUGCGCGCCACGGACCAGCAGGGCGUGGACGUGGUCCUCAACUCUCUGGCCGGCGAGGCCCUGCGUCUUUCCUGGCACAGCCUGGCCAAGUUUGGCCGGUUCCUCGAGAUCGGCAAGGCGGACCUCUUUGCCAACACGGGACUCGACAUGCAGCCGUUCCUCGACAACAAGAGCUACAUCGGCGUGAACCUGCUCGACUUUGAAAACAACCCCACCCCGCGCGCCGUGGCCCUGUGGCGCGAGACGGCAGCCCUCAUCCACGACGGCGGCGUGCGUCCCGUCCACCCGCUGCAGCGCUUCACCAUGGCCGACGUCGAGAAGGCGUUCCGCUACAUGCAGACCGGCAGGCACACCGGCAAGGUCGUCCUGUGUGUUGACGAGUCCGACGUGGUCCCCGCGAUACCGCGCACUCCCAAGGUGCCCAUCGUCGCCGACGCCACGUACGUGGUGGCCGGGCUGGGUGGAAUCUGUAGGGAGAUUGGAAGGUGGCUGGCCGAGAAGGGUGCAAAGCACCUAGUCUUCCUCUCCAGGUCAGCUGCUAGCAGCGCCGAAAAUAGGGAGUUCUCCGCCGGACUGGAGACGACGUACGACACCAAGAUCCACGCCUUCGACUGCGACGUUGGCGACAAGAAUGCGCUCUCCGCUGUGCUGGACGCGAUCAAGCAUCUCCCCAAGGUCCGCGGCUGCGUCACAGGCGCCAUGGUCCUACAAGACACGCUCUUCGACAGCAUGACGGCCGACCACAUCCGCACGACGGUGGGGCCCAAGGUGCACGGCACGUGGAACCUCCACGAGCAGCUGCCGGCCGACAUGGACUUCUUCGUCAUGCUUUCGUCGCUCGCCGGCGUCAUGGGCCACCGCGGGCAGGGCAACUACGGCUGCGGCAACAUCUUCCAAGACUACAUGGCGGCGCACCGGCGCGGGCUGGGCCGGCGGGCCACGACAGUCGACAUUGGCUACCUGCUCAGCGUCGGGUUCGUGGCCGAGCACGACGAGUACGUCGACCACGUCAAGGCCAUGGGGUUGAAGGUGAUGCGCAGCUCGGACCUGCACGGCCUGCUGGCCACGAGCAUGGAGGAGGACGUCGAGGCGUCGCCCGGCCAGGUCAUGUGCGGCCUGCCGUACCGCGAGCACGACGAUGCUUGGUACUGGAUCCGGGAUGGUCGGUUCGCGGCGCUACGCAAUGUGGGCGCGGCUGGGGCGGCGGCAGGGUCGGGUGGUGGUAUCUCCUUGAGGGAAGAGCUGGGACGAUGUGGGCCGGGCGAUGAAGAGGCGGCGGUGGAUUUAAUCACCCGGGCGUUGGUGCAGCGUUUGGCCAAGCUGAUGAUGAUGCCCGAGGCGGAUAUCGAUGCUGGUCGCCCGCUGAGCGCAUAUGGAGUGGACAGUUUGGUCGCGGUCGAGGUGCGAAACUGGGUGUCAAAGGAGGUCGUGGUGGAAGUGUCUGUGUUUGAUCUCAUGGCGAAUGUGCCCAUGAGGGUGUUGGCGGCCAACCUGGCCAAGAAGAGCGCUCUAUUGAGCGACAAGGCAUGA